AAGAAGAGGUCCGAUGGGAGGAAGGAGAGGCAGCUGAACAAAGCAACUGCUGUGACGCAGCAGCUGGCGGACCCUCUACAAAUUGUUGCAUGAGGCACCAUCAGACCAGAGAGAGUCAGCAGGGCAGGGGGGAGUCAAACCCUGCAGCUCAGAGGGACGACCAGCAGGCAGUGACCCUCACUAACGGGGUUGACGGCAGCCACUCGAUGCGUCUCGAGUGCUGGUCCUGCAGUCCAGUGAGAAGGAAGGGCUGUGAAAGAGACCGGCCGUUCCUGAACCAGCACGCGGCCUGCGGACACGCUUACUGCUCCCUCCUCACUCCGGAGACUCCAGGAUGGGGAGAGAACAGCGAUUCGGGCCAGGGCACCUUCAGCCAGCCCACUGGGAAAGGAACCAACGAGCUGGAGGUGCCUCAUGCCAACCAAAGCCUUGAUGACGGCGACACAGACCCAGAUGACACCUCGGCCUUCGACUACUCCUCGGUCACCUCCUGCAGCCCCGAUGGCACCCUGCGUAGGGACAUGAUGGGCAGCAACAGCGGGGAGGAUGAAGAGGAGGACAGCCAGGUGCCGGUGCUUCUGAAGCCCUCGUACAGCCAGCAGCAGCAGUCCAGAGAUGCACCAAGAGAGAGGACUGUGUGUCUGAGGUGGCAGAUUCCCAGAUUAACCCCUCACCCUCCUCUGAGAACCCCUGCAGGGCAGUGUGCGGACAGGCCGGCGCCCUGCCUCGUCAGCUCCUACGGGAAGAGGCUGGUCAGUGUCAGGAAAGGGUCGCCACCUCUCCAUCCGAAAAGUGCCUUCAGGCCCAUCUGGGAUGACCCGUCCAAACAGGCGGAUUCGGCUCCAGAGAAGGACAACAGACAAGGCUUCGUGCCAAUCCAAGCUCCAGCGAGGCAGAGCUUUCAGAAUUUCAACCCGAGCAGAGAAAACCUGAGACCGAGCCUGGUUCAGCAGCGAGGCGGCCACGCUGCACCCCCGCAGAGCAGUGGAGGAUUGUGGGACGACAGUGAGGACAGCGAGGGACCCUGCAGCACCGUUUGA